AUGGGCUGGAAUGCCUCGUUCCGUCACCGCCAGGCCGAACCGUCUUCCGCGGGUCGUGCCAGCGUCCCCAAAACCAAGAAGACUUUGUUUCGAAAGUUGGCCUCUCUCGCCAAAAGGAAGAGCCGCCAGCCAGAGCUGUCAGACGAGGCUACUCUUUCCCAUGCGGCCGCGGCCGGUGAAACCACCACGACCGUGGAAGCGGCGCCCAGGGCUCCACUGGUCGUCCAUAUCGAGGCUCGCUUCCCCGGCUCGGAUGUCCUACCCGAACCCUGCAUAUACAGCCGCGAAUACAACAGUUCCCCGGAUUUCGUACCGUCGGAACGCCUCUGCAAAGGCUUGCUCCGACGUAUCGACCACUGCUCCCGUGAACUCAUCACCCGCAAGGAUGUCAAGGCUCUGCUGCCACAACGCAGACAUGGCCAACUGUGCUCUGCUAAGCCGUUGCGCUACGAGUUGCGUUACCGGAUCAUACGACAAGACGGCAGCGUCUGGGCUGACAAGGUCUACACUUCGUACCAGAAACAGGAAGUUACGCGUGCCAGUACUGGUGGCGUUAUCCUUGCCAUCCAUCGCAUCGUCGGUCUCUUCCUCUGCCGCUACGACCCCUCCUUCAAGUGGGCAGAGCUUCCGACCGGUGCACCGUCCUAUCUUUUCAAACCCCAGUCUUCGGGCUCCGAACUUUCCCACACCGCCGUGGGAAACCCGAUUCCCCUAUCCUGUGUCCCAGAGGCGCGCUUUUUAGAUGCCUCUCAGUCCUUCGAGGCCAUCCCUGGCUAUUCCAUUCACUUCUCUUUCCGGAGCCACAGCCGGACCCGCUCAGAGGUUGAAUGGAAGCGCAACAUCACGCUGCAGAGUCUGCAGACGGCACCAUUGAACUUGCCUCUCGCUGAAGACCUCCUCUGGAGAUCGUUUGAUUCUGUCAACAAUGCCUUGGAAGGCCGUCGCGCUGUCUUCUUCCACGAGAAUGCUGCCGAGGAUCUGCGAGAUGGCGUGGAUAACCUCAGCUUUGAUGAAGAUGCCCUUGACAUUGAGCUCCGCAUCUCCAACAAUCUCGGUCCCGACUACGACCAUCUGACCCGGUCCAUUCGCAGCAAGUUAGGCCUCUUCCAGCACCCCGAUGCCCGCGACUGCAAUGAUUUCGUCCAGAGCGUACAGAACAACCUGCUUCGCUUCAGGGACUUCGCCGAUGGCCAGAUUGGUGCGCUGCCUGAUUUUGAUCUGCGUGUUCUUACCCUACAUGGCCUUGGCUGGUACACGGAUGCUCCUGCGCGCUUCGCCCUCAACCACAUGACGACCUACCCUCGGGACACCAUUGAGGCACUUCUGGAACGCAUCCAGACUGGCAUUACUCAUGUCCUCCGUGGCAGCGACACAUCCAUCCACAUUGUUGCACAUAAGCGGGGCCAUCUGGUCUUUGACGAAGUCAUGGUCAUACGCUCACAUCAAGCCACUCUUUUGCCGCCGUCGUACACGGUUGACGAUCAGAUGAAAGAGACUGUAGCUCGGCUGAAACGACGCAUUCAGCAAGAUCUUGAUGCAAUCUGCAGAGACACGUGCUCAAUCGACGACAUUCCAGAAGAUCCCAUCAGUGGUGUCGUGGUCACUGAAUCGGCAACGGCUGCUGCACGCGUAUACACAGGAAAUGUCUCAGUCAGAGAGCUUGCGCCUCUGCAGCGUGUCCCUUCCGUGAGGCCGAUUUCGCCCCGCGUUGUGGAGCUUCCUGACGACCUUGUAUUUGAUGGGACCAACUCAGCUCGGACCUCAUCGAUCACAUCGAAGCGCCGGCGUGCGUUUCCUCUCAUUCCAGAUAGGUUCUCACUAUCCUCCUCCACAAACACGAGCAUCGCGGCCACCGCCACGCCCAGGCAAUCCUGCGAGAACUUUCAUACUGAUGUGGGCUCGGAUGUCGACUCGGAGCCGGAGCCAUGCGAUGAAGAGGUUGUGCAACCUAUAACAGAAGUGCUUCAAGAGUUUGAGGAUCACAUCGACUAUGAAACGACGGCUACAGCACAAGAGCCAGUGGAACUCGAGGUGACCAAGUCGCCUGUUCCUGAGGCUACUGAUCUGUCAUCUAGGCCAGAACCAGGGGUUAUGGUCCAUCUAUCCACUACUGUGCAGCCAGUGACUGAUUGGCUGCCAAUUUGGGAAGAAUCAUCUAUUGUUGAGCCGGAAGGCCUCCCUCAAGCUCAUCAUGGUCAGGAGUCGAUGACUGCUGCAAAGAGUGAUGUGGUUGAAGACACCAAAUCUGAGAAAGAGAUUGAUGCUUCAAUCACACCAGUGGAAGAAGCAAAAAAUGACGAGAUCCUUAGCGAGAACCUCACGUCUGUGGCCCUCUUGCCGCUCGGAUCGUGUCCCGAGGACGGCGAUGCUGGUCUCGAGUCGCACGUUGAAACAGAGCCAUUGAUAUGGCUACAGUCGAGCGAAUCAGCCUCUGCUCCACAGGACAACAUGACCAUUGCCCAGGCGGAAUUGUUCAAGCCGGAAUCUCCAACGCUACCAGAACAGUCUGGCAUGUCAGAUUUGGAAGCCGAGAUAUCAGUUGACCCUAAAGUUUCCGAGCUGAUUGGAGACUCAGGUUUCCCACCAGUAAUGGAAAUGGUCGUGGGAUCUUCUGUUGGACAAUCUGCCGAGCCAACAUUGGAAUCGGUUGUUGACAUCACUGAGAAGCCAACCAUCAACGAGCUACCUGGCGAGGAGCUUGUUAAUGAGUUGAUUACAUGUGAUGUCUCGGUUUCCAGUGAGGUAUAUAGGUCCGGGGAAGAGAGUGAGGCGAAGCCUGUUUAUGAAGAGGAUGUAUCGACGAAGUCACUUUUGCACACGGCGGUCGACACUCAGGAGGAGUUAGCUCCGAGUGAGAUAUCAGUUACCGUGGAGAAAGUUGCCUACGAGAGUACAAUCCGUUACAACGAGCUGACUUCUCACGAGGAUACAACCUCUCGAGAGGGGCCUACCGUCAACGAGGAGUUGGUAGUUCUCGAGAGACCACCCGUGCUUGAGACGGUCACAUCCGAUGAGCAAGCAGUCUUCGAUGAGCAUAUUCUUAUCCAUCUGCCAGCUUACGAACUUCACCAUGAUGAGUCGGCUACCGACGAGGCGCGAGGCGUUGAUGAGACGAAAUUUGACGAGCUUGUGACCGAGGAGCCGGUAGUUCAGGAGCCAACUGAACCGGCUGUGGAGUCAGCCGUUGAUCUAGUCGCCGAGUCAGCUUUGGAGCCCGAGGCAGCUGCCGAUUUAGUUGAUGAUGCAACUAGGCCGACUACUGCCGAAGAAUCCUCUGUUGACGCAGCUUCAACAACCAGAGCCCUCUAUUUCGAGCCAGUAUUUAUUAUCGAGGAGCCCGCAACACCGCCGCGUCCCUCAACCCGGGAUGAGUCUGUCAGAGGUAGCGCUGUCUCGAUGACUGAAGAAUCAGACAUUUCACGACCCUCUACCCCUUCUCUCAGCUCUGGUGCGGGUAACUCCCGCCGGCCCAGCUUGCUUGAGACUCCCCAAAUGACCCGCACCUUGUCCAGUGUGCGCACGCCCGUUAUACUUGGGUCUGACUUGGAAACGGACGUGAGCAGCCGUGACGAAAGCAAUACCGAUACUCCGUUCCUCAAUGACAAUACCGGUGGUGUAAGAAAACUCUUGGAUUACACUCCGCCCCCAAGGCCAAUUCUAGUAAAAUGCGAGGAGCCGUCCGAAGCUGCCUCUACCCUGUCUGAGGUGCCACUGGACCAUGUUGCAGCCUCGACGCUGUGUGUCGAGUCUAGCGAAAUUGAGGCUACGCAUCAGCCUUUGUCGGAGGAUGUCGUUGCAGACUCGGCGAACAAGCUAGAAUAUCGGAACUUCGGCAUUCUUGACUCUACAUUCGGAGAAGAGUUUUCGAGGACAAAGCCUACACUGGAUCUAGAUGUGGUCACGGACCCGGACCUGGAUUUGGACGAUGAAACUGAUGUUCGCGAUAUUGAGUUGACGCAAGACAACGGUGAAGAGUCUCUUGAGGAUGAGUAUGAGACUGCCGACGUCAGCCUCCCUGAAGAGCCAGUGUCCAUCGCUCUCGGCGAGGACGAAGAAGAAGAACGACCAAAGCAGGCUGUCGACACCUCGGCUCUUUCUGAGCUCUCUGAGUCUCAUUUUGAGGAGGCCGUGUCCAUAUCGGCCUCGGAGACCACAGCAGCACAAGAAUCUGAAACGGAGCUCGACGCGAGUUCUUCGCCCGUGUUGACUGAGCCAGAGAUAGACCUCGACCAAGCCCAAGAAGCUGGUGAGGUGGAAUAUCUGGAACAGGACGUCGACAGAAGCCAAGACUCACAUGAGGCUGAAUCGGAGGAAAUCCAGCAGUCCGAAAAUGGGCAGUCACCAGACAAUGACCAAGUGCUGCUCGAUGGGGACCUACCUGAUCUUAAGCCGGAACAAAUGGAAGAACCAGAGCCAAGCAUGCCGGUUACGGACAAGGACGAGACCCUAAAGGCCGUGCAAGAUCCGGUGAAGGAUGAGCCAGAAGAGGAAGCGAACAGCGGAGAGGUUGAGCAACUGCCAGAGCCCGAGACCACAACGGUCGUGGUCGUGGCUGAGGAGACAACAGCUGCAGAACCAGCUCUUUCUUCACUGGAACCUGAGGCGGAGGUCUCGGAUGAGCAGCAGCUGGAGAAGGCCGCCGCUGUAGAGGUAGACGACAUCCGCGAAGAGCCGGUCAUUACAGAGGCAAGCGAGAAGUCAGUUCUGCCCUUGGAAGUUGCCAGAGAAUCAACGGCGUCGGUGGCAUUAAUUUCGCCCACGAGGGUUGUCAGCGAGACAUCGAGCUGGGAAGACGUGGAGACAGAGGCAGACUCGGAUGUCAAGCACCCUGAUGCUGAUUAUACGACACGGGACUCGGUCGACUCGGUCGACUCAAUUGACGACGGACUGGACGAUGCAGAGGAGUUGGACAAAGUGCCAAUGUUGCUGGGACAGCGACGGAUGCUGUCGAUGCCCACAGCUGGCUUCAUUGGUCUGCACGAGAGCAGGCUGGUGGAGGUGGGCAUCCGGGGGGCACUGACAGGUUCACACGCCUUUGACCGGGCUGCCAGUCGUGUGGACGAGGCUGACAGGGAGGAUGAGGAGGAUGAAAAGACGACGCGACCACAGACGCCGAUGCAAUCAGAGAGUUCAUCAAUGCGAGCAUCUUGGCUGGAAGAAGGCCAUUCUUCGCCCGGCAAGACGACACCGCGGUCUCAAGGCAAGAUCGUGCAUCGACGAACGAAGAGCGGGUCUUACAGCAGGGUGGCGUUCAUGCUGCCGAAGACGCCCAAGCGCGCGAGGGCGCCUUCGCACGGCCGAGUGCCAGUCAAGCUGAUUGCGACACAGUCGAGUCCGGUAUCGGUGCCAUCUUCACCUACGACGCCUGUGGCUGCAGCUGUGGUGGGACUUCCUGCCGAGCAGGCGCCAGACAAAAACGAAGGCUACUUGCCACGUGUCAUGAUGAUGCUUGCAGGUGUGCCCAUGAUGUCUCAAUUUAUGGGCAAGACGGCACCGUGA